UUCUGAAGCUUAAAUAAAGAUAAAGUCAUCGCUGGUAAUUAUUAGUUUGUGAAUUUAUGACACGGUUAUUAGAAAAAGCAAUAAGCGACGGCGGAGACAGGAACUUAGCUAGUGCAAUGGUUUUCUAUUAUAUGAUACGCAAUGGCUUUUAUAAAGUGGAGAAAGUGCUUUUCCAGCCCGAAUCAAUUUUUAAAGUUGAUCAUUGUCAUCGGCUGUAUUUGCUUCUCUGUAUACCAGGUGGUAAAAUGCGUGGAAAAACUUAUACAACCACCUAUCUCCACGUACUACGGAUUCCAUUUGAACGAUACCAUAAGAUAUCCAUCAGUGACAAUUUGUCGAAGCCCAUCAUUUAAUACAGCUUUGUUUCCGAAAUUUGGAUUACGAAGAAUUAACGAUUUAAUGACCUACAAUGCGUUUCGUCAUUUUAAUUUUGUUAACUACACUAUCAAGGAUUUCUUGGAAGAAACAACUUGGUCCUUCGAUGAACUUAUUAGUAGUUUUGCAUAUAAUGGGUUAGGAAAUCCAUAUAAAAAUACUAGCGUUGUGGAAUUUUAUUCGAUUACUAGGGGCCGUUGUUUUACGUUAACACCAAGGAGUACAUCGGAAAGGUUCAGUAUAUCUGGUGGCUGGUGGUUCUAUUUGAAACACAAUUUUACCAUUCGAUCCCUAGACGGAUAUGGCAUGUCCACAGCUGGGUUUCAUAUCCACCUACAUGAUGAUAACGAAAUUAUGACUUCAGAGACAGAUCAAGAAAACAAUUUCUUAGAGUAUAUUUACCUGGAAGCUGCCGAAGACAUGAGAUUAACUUUAAAAAUACAAGAAUUUAAAAAAGUCAGCACCACAGACUUACCUUGCAUUGACAAUGAUUCGCGCUACAGUAAAUCUCGAUGUCAAGAGUUAUGCGUUCAUAGGCAAAUAGCACAAAGUUUGAAUUGUACUUUGCCUUGGUUGUGGAUGAUUCGAGAAAAUCGAACAAGGUUUGAACAAUGCUCGAAUUCAUCAUCUGUUCAUGCUUUACUAGCCAGCUUCGGAGAAAAUAAUAGAAAAAAUCUUGUGAAAAAUUGUAACUGUCCAAUGACAUGCCACGUUAAUAUCUACACACCAAGUAUUAUCAGCCGAAAGGAGGUAGAAGAAAGAUUGUAUCCUUACAGCUUCAUAGCAAUAUAUUACACGACAAAUUUGGUUACCUACAUGCACGAAACAAUUGGAUACAGCUUUAAUGCUUUCAUAGCAGACAUAGGAGGGUCUCUAGGAUUUCUGUUAGGGCUGUCAGUUAUUGGUUUCAUAGCAGUUUUAGAGAAAACUUUACGUUCCUUAAUAAAAACAUAUUUUAACAAUAAACAGAAACUGGCAGAAGAGGAACAGAGUCAGGUGGAAAAUGGCAUAAAUAAUCAAAAGAUUCCGAACAGAAAUAAUAAAUCGCAAACCAACAACACACACUCUAGGAGAAAUAAUAUUGACCUGUAUGACAAUUUACGCGAUUUCGAUAGUGAUGAUUUCAAAUAUUAUCAAAAAACAUUAAUUGUGGAUGGUCGGUACUGAAUAAUAUCGUAUCGUAUCGCUUUGUAUAAUGAGAGAAAAAAUAAACUAAUAAAAAUUUGCAACUGUCAAAUUCAAAACACAUUUGAUCAAACAACUUUUUAAUGAUACUGUAUUCUCGCUUGUAAUAGAGCAGCCCCUAAGUUGUAAUAUUUAUAAAUAUAAAUAUAACAUUGUAACCUUUGUCCACAAAAAAGGGAAAUAGUAAAUAAGUAAGUCAGUUUUGCUAUGUAAUAUUUACGUAUACGCCAAGGGCAUUAGUAAGACGAUAAUGCUCGAAGAGUGACACGAUGGGCAUUAUCGUAUAUUAACUAGAGAUGGGCGGUUAUUGGUAAAAAACCGGUUAUAGGUUAACCGGAAUUAUCUUUAAAAAAUAAUAACUUGACAAAAUU